AUUAAUAAAAAGUAUUCGAUGAAAGAAAUCAAAAGCCAUAAUGAUACUUUUUAUAAAUUUUUUUACUACGCUCCUAGUUUCAGUAAACAUUAUUGAUGUAUUUGGAAACAAUGUAUUUACUCGACCAUUAGAGCCAGUCGAUAACCGGUUUAACAGAUAUGUUUCAGAAAAAGCCUACGAAGACUAUCAAAUAUUAUCCAUGAAACUAUCGAACAAAAAACAACUUGAUAGAGCUUUAGCUUUAGAGUCAACCUUAAAUGUUUCGAUUGAUUUCUGGAGUGUUGAUAAAAAUGCUGAUCACUAUACGGUAAAAGGCUUCAUUAAAAAAAAAGAUCUAAAAACCAUAGAGACGUUUCUGAAAAAAAAUCGAAUGGAGUACGUAGUGAGUGAGCAUAAUUUGGAUGAAUUGAUACGUCAUGAAAACGAGAAAAGCUCUAACUAUCAGUUUAACCAAGUUACAGGAUUUGAUUAUUCAAGAUAUCAUAACUAUUUUGAGAUUGUCGAUGAAAUGAAAAGCUUGGUAAAGAGUUUCUCAACAAUUGCAUCAAUUAUCAACCUUGGAAAAACCUAUGAAAAUAGAGAUAUGCUUGCCGUUAAAAUUGCUGUGAAACAAAGUCCUAAUCGAAAAACAUUUUUCUUCAUGUGUGGUCUACAUGCAAGAGAAUGGGUAACAACUGCAACUUGUAUAUAUAUGAUUAAAGAGAUGUUGAACGGCUAUAAAAAAGAUGCAAACAUAGCUGCCAUGCUUAACAAAAUGGAUUGGGUAAUUUUACCUGUUGCUAAUGUUGAUGGAUAUGUUUACUCAUGGAAAGAUGCUAGCACUAGGUUGUGGAGAAAAACUAGAAAACCAACAAAUUAUCAGUGCACUGGUGCAGAUCCUAAUCGUAAUUUUGAUUUCCAAUGGGGAAGAGUUGGAACAUCAAAUGACCCAUGCUCAGACAUAUAUCCUGGCUCCAAACCUUGGUCUGAGAAAUGUGUUUUUAAUAUUGCUCAAUAUCUUCGAAACAAUAGAAACACUUUAUCUGGCUUUAUCGAUAUUCACGCAUACAGUCAACUUUGGAUGACACCAUGGGGUUACACCACAGAGUUACCAAAAGAUUAUAAAGAACAGAUGAGAGUUGCUUCAGCUGCUGCUAAGGCUUUAUAUAACAAGCACGGAACAGUUUUCAAAGUUGGACCAUCUUCUGUCAUUAUAUAUCCAACAAGUGGGGCAAGCGAUGACUGGGCAUACGGAGCAUUGGGAUUAAAAUAUUCGUACGGCCUUGAACUUAGAGAUAAAGGUCAAUACGGCUUUAUUCUUCCGGCUUCACAAAUAAUUCCAACAGCAGAAGAAACUUUAGAAUCAUUCAAAGUAAUGGCCAGCGAAAUAGUUUUGUAGAAUGAAAAAGAACUUAAAAAAUAAAAAUACUAUCCAAAUCAAUACUUUAUGUUCAAAUAUAAAGUAAAAAAACUAA